AUGGCUUCAAAUAAUUCGAGUGAGCUUUUGGAACUGGAGUUGAAUAAGUUGGAGGUAUUAUUCCUGCUCAUCUUUAAUUCGCUUGAAAUCAUUGUCGGACUGUUGUCGAAUUCUUUUGUCAUUCUCAUAUUCUUGUUGGCAAGCGAGAUGCGAAAACGUCCAAGCGAUUUGUUGAUUUUUAAUCUUGCAACAGCUGAUCUCAUAUUGCUGACAGUAUUCCAGCCUUGGUUGACAUGUAUUAUCAGUGAAAUAAGUAUUGGGAAAAAAUAUUACUUCUUUUAUGAAAGUCUUAAUUCGUUCGUUCAACUCGCAAGUGGUCAUGCAGUGUUCCUUAUAUCAUUGGAUCGAUUUCUUGCCGUGAGCAUCCCAUUAAAGUAUGAAACUUGG